GAUCACCGUACCGUGUAAGGUUACUCAAACUCAGGUUGCCGUUGUUGGCCGGCAAUUGCGAUCGCCAGACGCCGCUCGCUGGCGGCCUCGGAACAGCUGCACCAGCUACACGACAGGAUGGCUGGUGACGACAACGCGGUGUGGCUGAUCCGCGGCGGGCCGACAAAAGUCCAUCCGUUGACAAGUCGGCAGCAAGACAGCGAUGCACGACCCGACCGCAACAGCCCCGAAGGCAUCGUAUAUGCGGCAUGUGUGCUUGUCAAAUUCCACUUGCCACGACACGUGGUCCAUGCCAUCUUGGACAUGGCCGGGUUUUGGGUCGAGUUCUACGAAGAAACGAACGAGUACGUGGACGGGGAUGCUCCGCUGGAGCACGAGUACUUGCACGUGACCGUCCCUGGCUACAUGGGCCACGACGCCCUUGAACUGCGUCGGUGUGUCGGCAUGUCGAUCGAAUGCAUCUCGCACGACCAGGGUUGGGCCGACUCGCCAGAUUUGAACGGAACGUAUCGCGGCGUGUACUCAUGGUGCGAACUCGAUGUUUGGAACGAAGCUCAAGACAAACAGGUCCUGCCCAAGUGGGAAGUCAGCUACAACGUCCGUGGCCGGUCCGACUUUCGGCACCACUUGCGCAUUGAACGCGAGAACCGCACGAUCCUCGACCUCAUGGAGACGCCGUACAACGUCGUGCGAUUCUACCUGCGAGCGCAGUACGGAGGCUGGAAAAACGUGGCGAAGUAUGCACGGAUUGCCCUCCACUUUUCCGUGAAUCUCAAGCCGAAUCUUGACAUCGACAAGAUCAUGCGAGACCUCGACCGAGAGUUUGGCGACGACUGGUGGGGGGCCCAAGUCCCGGCGCCGUAGCACGAGCAUGUUCGUCACGAACAACAAAGGGUUCUUGUCCCACACUUUCUGUCCUUAUUGUGAUCACAUCUCGACUGCUUCUACCUC